GCAGGGUCGAAGUCGGGCUGUUGGCAUCGAGAUCGCUCCGGAAGCUGCAGGCAUCGAAACACGCACAACAACACGGCCCAUGGUGGCGCCUCGAAAGAUCGACGGCGGCGCGAGCGAUGGACUCGCGCGUCUGAAGCAGUUCUCCCGACCUUUGCCCGGCACGGAAGCCGAAGAAGCGAAAGCAAGAUCUGCCGUAUCCCGUAGGCCAGCUCCCAAACCACCAGCAGACGCUUCAGCCGAGAGUCUUGAUACAUUGGCCGCACAUACGGGACUGCCGAGGUUGAAGCCACAUCAAGUGGCGGCCGCACCACCACUCGCACCAUCUACAUCGUCACCCUCAAGAUUGGGCAGUGCAUCGCAUACUCGAAACGGCACCCAUACACCAGGCUCAGCAAGCGCAGCUUCGCCAAGAGCAGAGCUGUCGCCUCGACCGCCCCCGCCAGACCUGGCACGAAACGAGCGCAAGAAGCUCGACUUUUUCGGCACAGUACGAUCUUCCUCGCCGCGGGAUGCAACAGUCGAGGUGAGAGGCGUCAAGCGCGCCAGAACCUCCACCACGAGCCACACCAGCGGCAACAAGGAGCGGCCACCAGCAACGUCUUCCGCUGCGAACGGCGGCAGCAGCCCGCACAGACGUGUUCGGAAGGACGAUCCUGAUGCGCGGCGAGAGCGGAUACGUCAGUAA